UAAUUGGGGGAUCUAUUACAUGAUUGACAGAUUACGUCAUUUGUCAAUGGACAUAAUGAGCUGACACAUGAAUGACAGCCUGGCUUUAGCACCUCGGUGUAAUCUGGUUUGCUAUAGGCCAUCAAACUUAAACAUAUUCAAGCAGUAGUGUCUUGUUGGUUAGGGAGGAAACACACGAAAUCGUAACUCCUCUUAAUACAGCCUCAAGCGAUUAGACAUCCGGAAAUAUAUACAGUAGACGUUGUUUUUACGGGAUUUGUUUACCAGUGGAAGACGUUCCUAGAUCCCCUGUUUAUUCGGAUACAAUAAUGAUUUUUGGGAAGCCGUAUCACGUUUGAAAAUUCUCAAGUUAGUUGAAGAUUCGUUCAGGCGUAAGUGAUUUGCAGCAGGUUUUGAAGACAGUAUUCCAUUAAGUGUGAGAAUAGCGAUAGCAUACCGUGUUAUUUGUUCAAUUCUGGUAGCUCAUUGCGUUGAAAACUCUGUUUGGACAAAACUGUUUGCCGAAGUCCGCCUGAGCAUACAAACAUUAGGUUAGUAGAACUCACGACAUUCCUAAUACAAUCUUGUGAGACGUUGAAAUAUGGCGGUCGACACACGAUCAUUGCAGCAAAUAUUAACAUUUUUAAUAGCUUUUGGACUUUUUAUUGUGCCGAGUUUGGCGGUUCGUGAAGCUAAGUGUGAGGAGAUCACAAUCCCUAUGUGUCGGGGAAUAGGAUAUAAUAUGACUUAUAUGCCGAAUCGGUUUAAUCACGAAUCGCAAGAGGAAGCAGGAAUGGAAGUACAUCAAUUCUGGCCACUGGUCGAAAUCAAAUGUUCGACUGACCUCAAAUUUUUCCUCUGUAGUAUGUACACACCAAUAUGCGUAACGAACUAUCAUAAACCUUUACCUGCUUGUCGAAGUGUCUGUGAGCGAGCCAAGUCUGGAUGUGCACCCCUUAUGCGGCAAUAUGGGUUUGCAUGGCCCGAGAGAAUGCGAUGUGAAGACCUGCCAGAAUUUGGUGGAGACCAACUUUGCAUGGACUUCAACACCAGCGAAACCAGCACCACACAACCAACAGGUAUUUUGCCACCGACUAAACCUACAAAACCAGGGGUAAAGCAAUCGGGUUACCGUACAGUUCAACCCAAUACUGCAGACACAUGUUGUUCGUGUCGUGCACCAAUGAUACCGAUACCAGAGAGUAGUUCUGAUUAUAACCAGGUGAUGACCGGGGGCGUGCCGAACUGCGGUACCCCUUGCCAUGGUGCGUUCUUCUCGGAUGAUGAAAAAACUUUUGCAUCGUUUUGGAUAGGACUGUGGUCGAUAUUAUGUUGUAUUUCAACGUUUAUAACUAUCCUCACAUACUGUAUUGAUUCGGAACGUUUUAAGUAUCCUGAAAGACCUAUAAUAUUUCUAAGCGGUUGUUAUUUACUUGUGUCCGUCGGUUAUAUUAUACGUCUGAUUGCAGGUCACGAAGCCAUAGCCUGUAACGGAGCAACGGUCCGUUAUGACACGACAGGGCCUGCGAUGUGCACCAUAGUGUUCUUGCUAAUCUACUUCUUUGGUAUGGCUAGCUCCCUUUGGUGGGUUAUCCUGUCUUUCACAUGGUUCCUGGCUGCUGGAUUAAAAUGGGGAAGCGAGGCUAUCGCAAGUUACUCUCAAUUUUUUCAUCUCGCUGUUUGGUUAAUUCCGAGUAUUAAAACAAUUGCAGUUUUGGCGACGAGCUCAAUUGACGGAGACCCUAUCAUUGGAAUAUGUUACGUCGGAAACCAGAACAUGGACAAUCUACGCGGGUUCGUUUUGAUCCCACUUAUUGUUUACCUUCUCAUUGGAUCUUUCUUUUUGCUAGCUGGAUUUGUAUCUUUAUUCCGCAUCAGACACGUUAUCAAACAAGGUGGCACUAAGACAGAUAAACUAGAGAAACUGAUGAUUAGAAUCGGUGUCUUCACAGUAUUGUAUACUGUUCCAGCAACUAUAGUCGUAGCUUGUUAUUUUUACGAACAGCAUUCACACGAGGAAUGGAACACUAGCUAUAACUGCCCGUGUGGAUCGGACCAAAUUAAACCAGAUUAUUCAGUGUUUAUGCUAAAAUAUUUUAUGUGCUUGGUCGUUGGUAUUACGUCAGGUUUCUGGAUCUGGUCUAGUAAGACCCUGGACUCUUGGAGAAGAUUUUACGAGAGAUUAUGUGGACACGAAUCAAGGCCUAGAAUAACAGGGCCGAUAAAUAACAAAGCUCUUUCUUUUGCGCACGUUUAAAUUAGUAAGAUUUUAAUUAUUUGAGGAGCAUGUGAUUUUGAUAGUUAACAUAGUUAUAGUAUGUCAAUUUCCAUACGGUAAUAAACUUCUAGGCAAAAUAUUAUAACUUUACUUUUGACAAUAGAUUACUGUGAGAGUGCGAUUUGAAUUUUUUUUUUAAUGAUUCAUUCGCUAAAUAAUUUUUCAAAACCUAUGCACAUUGUUAUCUAGCUGUCCAUUGUUUAAAUCAUAUAUUCUUAAUAUUAUUUAUAUAUAUAAAAAAAUGCAAUUCCGACGAAGGACUUGACACGUACGGUAAUACUAGGCCUACUGAGUUCGUAAACAUUUUGAAGUAAUAGGCCUAACAGUCUUUGCUUUAAAUCUUAUGAAAAUAAAUAAAAUAUAUAUUUUUCUUUGCAUAUAUGUUUAAUAAGUUUAAAAUCUACUGCGAGACAUUAAAAUAUUCGUUGAAUUUAUAAUCAUGACCUUUGGCCCAGAUGAUAGAAUGGAUUAUUUGUUUAGGUGGGCAUAGACAAACGCUAGUAGGCAUAUGUAGUCCGGGCCGAGAGGCAUUUUAAGUGCGUAGAAACAAUGUCAAAACAUAUAUACCAGAUAGGCCUAACCCAAUCACGUGUACUUUGAAUCCACACGGAAUCUAUACCGAAUAGAUCCUAAAUUAAUCCUGUAUUUUUAAGCGCAUAUUGACCAUUGCGUAUUGGUUCUAAACCAAUUGUAAGAUAAUUUUGCUUGUUAUAUAUUUUUGUCACUGCCCCUCAAAGGUGUAAUAAUGUUUAAUAUCUGUGUUAAUAUUUCUUGUAUAUUAUAGCUAUUAAGAUGUAUUCCAUUUCUAUGAUAAGGUUGAUCAUUAUUGUAUAAUUUAUAUGUCUAUGUAUAGGCCUAUUGAUGAUAUUAUUAUUAUUCAAAGAAGAGAAAUAAGAGGUGAAUAUGCUUAUGAAUACAAGA